AUUUAUUAAUCUAGGUAAUUAAUUUAGUUAUGCUGUUAUUUUAAUCCUUAUAAAAGAACUUUGUUCUUUAUGAUUCAUAUAUUCUUACUUGCAGAUGUAAUAUGUCAGAGCAAAGUCCACCAGAGUAAGCACAGUGUGAAAUAAUGAAGAUGCAAUUUUGCUACGCUUCUACAUUUGAGAUGGUGUGUUGGAGCUGAUUUAUUCACCUGAACUUAAGUAGCAGGCAAAGUACAACUGUAGAGUAUGAGCUCAUACACUCGUGUGCACUUGUUUCUUUGUCAAGCUUCACUGUAAGAGGUAAGGUGCUUUCCUAAUACUGUUUUCCUCAGUUGCUUUCUUAAUAACUUAUAAUACCAAUUUCUAUUCCAGAACUAAAUGGAUCUGUAAGUUAUUUUAAUGGACUCUAUAAAUAUGAGGGAAGAAAAAAGACUGACUUGCUCAAAAAUGCUAGAAGGAAGAAACAGCUAACCUAGAAGCUUUAGAUCCAAAUACAGAUUUCCUAAAGUUUUAUAAUGUUGGUGGGAUAGGUUUAGAUUUAUAGUCAUUUCUAAUAAUAAUUUCAAAAAUAAUAAUAGCAGUUUUCAGUGAAGGGGGUACAUGACAGUAGGAAAUGCAAACACAACACAACUCAAGUACUGUAGGGGAAACCAUGUGCUGAAUUUCAUGGCAAGUAAUUUUUUUUUUUUACAGUCUCUCAAUGUCAAAUAACCAACUUUGGAUGUAAUAGGAAAUUGUAUGUUAAUAGUAAAUCAGAAUUAUUACUGUAUAGCUGUAAGCAGAAUAAACAAAUUCUGUUUUGCUGGUUUUCUGUCUGGUAAGUACAAAAACUAAUUCUCAAGCCUGACUUCUAUUACAGUGAUAUAUUUUGAACAUUUUUAAAAAUUUCACUCUGGAAAACUGUUUACUGGAUCUGCUGCUGAAUCUUUAGAUUCAUAAGGAAUGUGGCUUUGUUGCGGUGUAAACCACUGUGGAGAAAGGAGAUGGCCUGUGUAGACUCUGUGCUGACGCUGGCAGGAAAUAUGCUCUGACCAAAGAGCUGCUUGCUAGAGAUAUAUACUCAGCCUUGAUCUAAAGGGUUUGGCUAAAUUUUAAGCAAAUUUGGCCUUGGAGAGCAUGGGAGAUGUUAUUCCGAUUCAGUUUGAGCUUUUACUGAUACAGAAAUACUUCUUCAGUCAGACUGGAAUGUGCUUAGGUGAGGACCCCGAUAACAGCUUGAGACUUCUUUCUGUAUUGGAUGAAGAGUUACUGAAGAUGUAACCCAAAAAGGAGGACAAAAUGAAGCUCAAAGCACUUUUGAUUCCAAAUAUUGAACCCCUGUGUGUCUCGAGGUGACUGAAGGAAAGUGAAAAAGUUCCUUUUUGCUUUGUUUACUGAGCUUUUUUUCCAGAUCUGAUUUAAGCCUGUGAGUUAAGCCUGUGACUUGUUCUUUAUAGCUAUGGAUGGAAAUUCAUCCAAAACCAAGUCCAGAAUUGCUGAAGUGAAUUCUUCAGUAUGGGAAUAUUCACAGUACUAGAAAGGCAUGGGAUUGAGUGUUGUUUGAACUAGAGAGAGUUAGAAGAGCUAGAGCUCCUGAUUGUGCCAGCUUGUCCAUCAGUGCCUCUGCUUCAAUACUAUUCACAUACAUGGGGAAUAAGCAAACUUCAGUUCUGAUAGAUGUAAGACGUCCUUUUAAGGUAUGUCAUUAUAUUAUUUUCUGUUACGUUUUGUUACAGAUUAUUAGGUUGUUUUUCUUUGUCUAUCAUGGCACAAGGUAAGAGAGGUGAGCUACAGUGUAAGUGACACAACACAGGGCUCCAUGUCAGAACAGCCACCACCUGGAAGUACUGUGAAACAUCAGGAAAGGGAGAUGCACUUGAAAGAUGGAAGAAGCCAUUUUCGACAGAGGCUCACAUUGAAACCAGGUGUUUCAAUACCUUUCUCCUAAAAGAGAGAGAGUUGUACUAAAGGUCAUAAAUGUUUCGAUUUUCAGUUGCAGUCUGUAUUAUAGCUGUGGAUUGUUGCAGGAGGGCUGACUCUGAAGAAAGAUGCUGUUGAAGAGUUCAGCAGGGUUUGUUCUGAUCUUGCUCUCCCAUUGCACUGCGCCGGUGACCACCAAAGAGGCAGUGAUCUUGGCUAAUGCCCACCUUCUGUCUCAAAGAGAUUAUGAUAGACUGGUUAACAUCAAUGAUAAAGGUACUCGUGAAGGACUAUCUAAGGGAUUGUUUUGAGAUUUUUCAGCGCUCCAGAGGAAAUUCCAGAGAUGGUCUUUACAUCAUCCAACCAAAGGAAGACCCAAUUGUUGUCUCUUGUAACAUGCAGGAUGGUGGCUGGACAGUAAUCCAGCACAUUACAGCCAACAGUACUGUCGACUUUGAUAGGACAUGGCAGGACUACAAAUAUGGGUUUGGCUUUGUUCAUGACAACCACUGGUUAGGAAAUGAGUACAUGCAUCAAUUAACUGGCGGCUCUGUGCAAUAUGUACUUGGAGUUAAACUUGUAGACCUAAAUGCUGAAAUCAAAUGGGGACAGUACGAACCAUUCCGUAUUGAAGAUGAAGAAGCUCAGUACCGAAUCAGGGUUGGCCUCUAUGAAGGCAAUGCUACUGAUGCUCUGACUCUGGAUACAGAAGCUUACCUCCAUGACAACCAGAAGUUCACCACCAAAGAUAGAGACAAUGACAAUUACUUUCAGAAUUGUGCCAAAUUAGAACACAAUGGUAUUCCUGGGGGAGGAUGGUGGUAUGACGCAUGUGCUGGGGCAAAUCUAAACCGUAGGAAUGUGAUAUACUGGCAAAAGGACUGCAACAAGAAGCAUUUGUGCAAGUUUUCAUGGAUGAUGGUCAAGCCCAUUGAACACAGCCCAUUGUAUGCAACUAACUCUUGUCUGUGUCAGAAGGAGGAACUGUAAGUGAGCCAUGUAUCCUUUAAAUGGAACAUGGAUUCUUUGUCAAGUGACUGAAGUAAAAUCACACUAAUUAAAUAAUAAUUGUUCUGAAAAAUUUAGCCUCUGCAAGGGCUUUGUGAUCACAUAUUGUCCAGGACUGGACCUAAACCAUAUAGGUAUUUACAAAUCACAAAAAUGAGAAUAGGUGACCUCUAACAAAAGAUUUACACAACCCAUUUUAUAGUAUUUUGGCCAUAAGAGGAGUUAGGUGUGAAAUCUGGGAGGUGUAGCAGAUACACAUACAUGCACAUGAAUUUUAGAAGGUUUUGCUCCAGGAUGAAUGUUCAUCAUUAACUGCACAUCUUCACGAAUUAUGCAGGAAAGAGAUUUCAAGGGAAGUACCUAUAUUUACAAAAUGCUUAUUAGAGAGCAUUGUGGCAGCAUAAAGCCUUUCCUUUUUACCUUUAGUGAAAGAUAUUAAAAUAUUUUUACUUUUUUACUUGGUAGGAGCCUUAUGUCCAAAUGCUUCUUUAAUGAUUCCAUAUCUAAUGAAUUACUCAGAACAGUAUUUUCUUCCUUCUUAUUGAGCACCCAGAGCUAAUGGCUUUUUUUUUUUUAAGUACCAUUGUGUGAUAAGAACAAGUGUUGGCAUUACUUUACAUGUGCUGGCUUCAAUUGUUUUGGUAUUCAACCUUGAGCUUAUUUAAACAGUGCUUUUUUUCCUCAUUGUAACACAAAGAGAAAGCCUUUAAAUUCACGAUGAAUUUGUCUGUUUUAAAAUCAUAAAUAAAAGGAUUUCGGUGUUGGUAACCUUGAAGAUCUUGUUUACUUGUACAAGUGAUGGGGUUACUUCACACUUUUCAAUAUAAUUGGAAUAGCCGAAUUACUACUUAAGAGUUUUCAUUCUUGAAUUCUACAAAUUGCCAGGAUAAUAAUUAGAAUAUCUUGUAUUUUAUUGUAGAUUUUCAGUUGCAGAAACUCAGGCAACAGAUACUGGCGAAGUUCUGCUUUUUAAUUAAAAAAUGGGAUCUUGUCAUUUCCAUGAAAAUUAAUUUAGAGACAAAUAAACUGUAAUGUGUUUAGAGAAGACCAAGACUAGCAUGAUUACUUAAGAAGAGAAAUUAAUUGGAAAAUGGAAAAGUAAUGAAAGAAAAUUUUAUUUUUUACAUUGCACUGUAACACUUUCAGAAGGAGAUACAGGUAAGUUGUGCAGGUGAGGCCAAUAUAGUGUAUAUGCAUAUUUUGCAGCAGCUAAUGUUUUGCCUUCAAAUUGUGAUUAAAAAAAAGAAGUAUAAUAGAGGAAGAAGGGAAUGAAUUUAUGAAUUGAAUUGAUGUAAUCAAGUCAAAUAAUGUGGAUUCUUCUGCACCUGCAUCAGGAAACCUCCAAAGGUUGUAAUGAAGAUACAAGAAAAUUGCCAAGUCUCCCAUAGCUUUUACCAUCAAGUUCCCAUCUAGAUAGACAGAUUCUAACACUACUGCCAAAAAACGAUGCAAAUAAUCUUGACAUGGAAACACACAACUGAAAGCCAGCAGGCUGUAUCUGAUCCUCAAAGGCAAAUAAUCUGCUCUGCAGCUCGCUUAUCCUGCUUGGAGGGUUUUGUAGGAAAGGACUUGUGGAGAUAUGCUCCAUGAACAAUUCAGGCACCACCAGCCCAAAUCUCGCUGUCUAAUUUUGGAGGCACUCUCUAGUGUUAAAUGGAGUCCUGCAGACCUCUGCUGACACUGAAUUCCAGUAUGGGAGUUCGAUUAACAUAUAAUAAUAAAUGGUAUUAACAGAUCUGCAGACAAAACAUGACAAGAUUAACACAGUUUAAGCACUGACUUCAAUGGAAGUCAUGGAGUGUGGUACAUUCCAUGCUUCUGAGUGAAGAAAGAAUGGAAACUACUCUAAAAGCUGGACUGAGGAUGAAAAUAAUU